AUGAAAAACAAUCAACCAAAAAAAGCUUUUAAAAAAUAUCUCCAAGAAAUAAAAAGUCCUAAUUACCAAGGAGGUUCUUGGACUUUGCCCGAAAAUCCUACUCCCUUAGAACAAGCCAAAUAUGAGAUUUGCCAAAAAGUAAUCAGACACAAAAGAAACAGUAAAUUAACUACUGAAAAACUAGCUCAAAAAAUCCAAUUAAGCAAAGCGGAAACGGAGGAUAUUCUUUAUUGUCGAAUUGAUUAUUUUACCCUCGUCAAAGAAGUUGAUUCCAGCCAAAAAAGAUCAAUAAUUACAAGUUCUGAUCAUUUACGGCAAAGUUGUAGCUAUACUCCUAUCGUUCAACGAACUGAAGAAGAGAAAGAAUUAAGAGAAGAGAUAAGGCA